AUCAGCUCAGCCAACAUGGCGGAGAGCAACUCUCCAGGAUUAUCAAGUGUUCCUGAUGUAGAGAUUGAUGCAAAUGGACUUUUUAAAUACGUUCUUAUCAAAGUAAUAGAUCCUUCUAAUGAGAAUACUUACAAGUGCAUAGUCAGAGGAUUUGAUUGGGCAAAUUACCAUGGUAAGCAUGUCGACAGAUCUUCACGUGUUUCAUAUCUUUCCAUUCUUUUUGAAAGCCGCUUCAUGACAGUCGAUGAAAGGAUAACUGGUCAAAUCGCCCGAAAGUCAUCACGUCCGAAGUCGAGUCGCCCGGAACCUGAGUCAUGUCGCCCGAAAUUCUAGUCAUGUCGCCUGAAAUAAAAAGUCAGGUCGCUCGAAGAAACAGAUAACAGACUAUAAAUAGGUUAUAAAGUUGAGAAAUAUAUGACACUAAAGCGAUGUUUGUUUGCGACAACACCAGUGAGGAAGAUGAUCAGAAUAGAAAUAUGUUUGGUAAAAUUCCCCUGCACAGCCCCAUCCUACAUUAUGCAUUCAGUUCUUGGAUAGAAAAAACCAAUGACAAAAACAAUACAUUGCCAUUGGGAAAACAGAUUUGUUUUACAGUAUGGCGCUGUGCGGAAAUUUUACCCACCAUUUGAGUGACUACACAGAAAUCGAUCUUAUUGUCAGAACUGAAAUAUGUUUGAGCAAAUAUGUUUGAGCAAUGACUUAAACAACAAAAAAGCGUUGUUUGUUUCUAUAACAACAAAAUACAGCGUUGCCCAUCUGUUUGAUAUCCACUCAUACUGACCAAUGUACACUGACUCAUACCCACCAAAAUAGCCACUCCUACCCACUGACGUUUCUUAAACUUGAGGAAAUUUAUCACUAAAGCAGUGUUGGUUUCAUGGUGCACCAUGAAGACUUAAACUACACAGAAAAUGCAGUUGAUCAUAUGGUCUGAAUUGAUAUAUGUUUAACUCAGGAUUUUGGACGUGAUGUUUAUUUUGCUAUUUAUUUGUUAUUUUGUCCCUUUUCCUCCUAAUUGUUGUUAGUGAUGUGACUGACCAGUGUAUAAAAGCCUGUGUUACAUUAUUGAAUAUUUUUAAUAAUUUUGUUCCACAUCUUUCUUUCAGCUGAUAUUUAUGACAAAAUAGAGGAGGAAAUUGGAGAAAUGAGAAUGAAAACUGAAUGUUUAGGUGGAGGCAGGAUACAACAUGACAGACUUGCCAAAAAAAUCCUUGUGUAUGGUUAUUCUGUGGUAGGUUUCGUCUUCAGGAAAAAUUAAGAUGUUCGGCUAUUUUCGUAUUAUUAUUAGGUCAUAUUGCAGUGUGAGACCAAACUUGAGGAAAAGAUCUAAACUAUGAAAAUAUCUACACUGCAGUGAUAAAUUAGAAAAAUAUAUUUGCAAUAACUCUGGGACAGCUUCAUAAUGUUUGGAAGAACCCACAGUUUAAUCUGAGGAUGUUGUGUAGACUGUUUUAGAGGGUAGUUUCAUACAGUGCGGUAACCUGGAGAGCCUCUUUGUUUUGCACCUGCAUUUAUGCCUUGGAAAAAAUUUUAUUGCAGAUGCACAAGUGGCAGAACCAAAGCUUAAUACAUGGGCCAUAUAAGUUCUGGGCCUGUCAUGUAUUUUGUUAUUAGUCGUUCAGUCAAUCUCUGUAUCUGAAAGAUAUAGUGGUACACAUAAUUUGUUGACUAAGUUGAAUGCAGGGCCUUGAAAUUGCCAUUCAGUAUGCUGUUAGUGUCCUUAUUGUACUUUUUAUGUUAUAGAGAAAGGUGGAUUGAUGGGUUAAUUUUGAUCCUUUCAUUUUUGUGUGUGCAUGUUUAAUUCCCUGUGUUCUUUAUUCUAAAAACCAUCUGGGUCUCAUGCUGUGAGGGUAAAACAGGGUAGCAAUUGCUCUGUAGCCAACUUUUGGGGCCCACAUAACUAGACUUUUGGUUGUUUAACCCUUUGACCCCCUAAGAGUGACUAACAUCUAAUUUCUCCUCACAGUAUCACCCCUGAAUCACACAUUGAGGUCAUGAGAAUAAUGGAAAUGAUCAAAAUUACAAAUUGUUAAGGAAAUUCUUCUUGUCAGCACCUUUAGGAAACAUAUGGCUAACAGUAUGGAGAGAAUGCAUACCAAUGUUGGUGUGUAAAGAGUUAAGGCCUGAAUGAAGUUUGUCAGUUUGACAUGUUGUUCCUGGGUGGAGAGAGGACUUGUGAGAGUGAAACAAUCUGUUAAGGAACACUAUACUAUGGCUUGGGCAGGAAUUCAACCUAGACCCCUAAAUACACUGACCUUUAGGCAAGCAUAUGUCAGUCUGUUGGUAAUAAAUAUUAUUAAUUAUACAUGGUUUUCUCCAUUUUUAUGACUGACUUUCUGAAAUAAUUAUGUUUAAUUUUUAGGGGUUUGGAAGAGCAGAUCACUCCAUCACAGUCGAGAAACUUAAAACAGCUUACCCAGAUUAUGAAAGUAUUACCUUCUCCAAUGAGGGUUAUUAGAAACAUGUUGAGAUGUCUGAAUUUAUUUAUUAAGUCAUAUUUUGUAGUAAUCUUACUACCAAAAGAUUAAUUAUUUGAUACAUUGUAUAGGAUAGGACACUUAAAAAAAAGUACAACUUGAGGUCUUUGUAUUUGGCAGUGCUUUCAGUAAGACUUGGUGC